AUGUUAAUAAUUCUCUUUGGUCGGAUCUGUCAAUCCGAAAUCAUGGCUCCUCGGUUUGAGUUAGCUGUCGGUCUCCGAAAAGGACACAAAACAACUAAAAUAUCCGCUGGUAGAAAGGGUCUUACAGACAAAACUAUCAGAACUAGACCCGCCAGACUAAAGGGUCUUCAAACCAAACACUCCAAGUUUGUGCGUGAUCUGGUACGUGAAGUCGUUGGACAUGCACAGUAUGAGAAGAGGGCUAUGGAAUUGCUUAAGGUGUCAAAAGACAAGCGUGCACUGAAGUUCCUGAAGCGUCGCCUUGGCACACACAUCCGUGCUAAGAGGAAGCGUGAAGAGCUCAGCAACGUGUUGGUACAGAUGAGGAAGGCUGCCGCUCAGGCCCACCACCACCCACACUAA